CUUUGUGGCUUUUUCGCUUAUUCCUCUCUUGGGUGAAUGUGGCUGCCUUGAAAGCAUCAACCUCCACUCCGGUCUCUAUCUACUAAGACUAGGGGGGGUGGCAUCCUUCCAAACCUCAUCUCGUUGACUCGGAAGUCUGGGUGUCAGAGGCUGGGUGUCAGAAGUCUGGGUGUCAGAGGCUACUGUCUAGUCUACUCCCCAGGAUGGUUUCUGUGAGGAUGCUGCUGUUGGUGGCCCUCCUGCUCUGCGGGUGUCUGGGCACACAGGGUGGUAACGUGCUGGUCUUUCCCGGAGAGUAUAGUCACUGGCUCAACAUGCGAGUGAUCCUGGAGGAGCUAGUGGAGAGGAACCAUAGUGUUACAGUAAUGGUGUUCACCGCCUCGCCGUCCAUCAACUUCUCCAGGCCAGAGAGGUUUGGCUUCAAGGUUUACGAUGUACCCGAUGAAAAACAAGACUGGCAUGCUCUCAAUGAUGACUUCAUAAAGUGGUGGAUGAACGAGUCUCAGAACGUGUCCAUGCUGCAGCUGGGGCUGUGGAUCAGAAACUUCAUGCAGAAAAUGAAUGUUCUAACGGUCAACAUGUGUAAGUCUAUGUUCAAUAAGGAAGAGCUUCUGGAGUCACUGAGACAGUCCAAGUUUGACACGCUCCUUUCUGAUCCGGUGUUGCCGUGCAGUGACUUAAUCGCGGACGCUCUUGACUUGCCUCUGAUUUUCUCCCUGAGGUUCUCAUUUGGCAUGGUAUUUGAGAGGCAAUGUGCACAGAUGCCAGCACCCUCCUCUUACGUCCCUUCCCCGGAAUUGCCGUAUACAGACAAAAUGAGUUUCUUUGAGCAGGUUCACAAUUUUGUUGAGUAUACAUUUUGGGAUAUCUUUAUGAAUGUACACUUACUAACGACCAUGGACACUUUGUACAGUGAGAUAAAGGGAAGUCCGACUAGGUUCUGUGAGAUGAUGGGGAAGGCUGACAUCUGGUUGAUACGAACAUACUGGGACAUUGAGUAUCCUCGACCUUUCCUGCCAAACUUCAAAUUUGUGGGAGGACUUCACUGCAAACCUGCAAAGCCACUUUCAGAGGCCAUGGAGGAGUUUGUGCAGAGUUCAGGAGAUGACGGCAUCGUAGUGUUUUCACUGGGCUCCAUGGUCAAGAACAUGACUACAGAGAGAGGAAACACCGUAGCCACUGCAUUGGGACAGAUACCGCAGAAGGUGCUGUGGAGAUACAGUGGGGAGAAACCAGAGACUCUGGCUCCCAACACAAGAGUUUAUGAGUGGAUUCCACAGAAUGACUUACUAGGUCAUCCGAAGACCAAAGCCUUCAUCACUCACGGUGGAACCAACGGACUCUAUGAAGCCAUCUACCAUGGAGUUCCUAUGGUGGGUAUCCCUCUGUUCUCUGACCAGUCAGUCAACAUCAUGCACAUGAAGACCAAAGGAGCGGCUGUCAUCAUGGACUUCAACAAGAUGACAUCCAAAGAUCUGACGGAAGGACUCAACUCUGUGAUCAAUGAUCCAUCGUACAAAGAAAACGUGAUGAGGCUUUCCAGUCUCCACCACGACCAGCCAAUGAAGCCAUUGGAUACAGCGGUGUUCUGGAUUGAGUUUGUGAUGCGCAACAAGGGGGCCAAGCACCUGAGAGUGGAGUCCCAUAACCUGAGCUGGUAUCAGUACCACUGUCUGGACGUGACAGCUGCCCUGCUCUCCGUAAUGGCACUCUUCAUUAUAGUCUCAGUUAAAACAUGUACUUUCUGUUUCAGAAAAACUAAAGCAAGACAGAAGACAGAGUGACUACCCCAUGGUCUGGUAAUAAUGUCAUGUACUGAAACAAUCAUGGGCGACAUUAUCGUAGUGGGCAUUAUCGUCAUGGGCGACAUUAUCAUAGUGCGAAAGGGUCUUCAUGAACUAGGGUACCCAUGAGGAUUUCCUACACUGGACAACUUGUUACAGCUGCUGAUAAGUUAUUGAUAAUAAUCAGCCAUUUUGUUUUCAUGUCAUUACAUUAAGAUAUAAAGGGGAGAUUAUAACUACAGUCAAUAAAAUGUACUUGGUGAUUUAAAAACUAUGUUUAACCUUUUAUCAUGGUUGGUGUCUUGAUGGAUUUGUCCAAAAUCAUGUGACAUAAAACAUAAAAUAAAACAUUUACUUUUCUGUCCUUGCAUUUA